CUUUUUUCAUUGGUGUUUCCAGGUUAUUUUAAGGGCCUGCUCCACACAGCUGUUGUGCCUCUAUCUGCUGUGUCAUUGAACCCUCUUCGUCACUCUUUCCCCUCGGUGCAAGCUCUGGUAAAUCAGAAACAAUAUUCAAUCCUCAGAACCCACUGCUGACCAGCAAACGAUCACUACACCUGCUGCUACACUGGAGCCUAAAAUGGAGACGAGCAUCUGUGACAUUUCCGAAGAGCUCAAUAGACAACUGGAGGACAUCAUUAACACAUAUGGGUCCGGGGCAAGCUCAGAGCAGGAGAGCGCCAACAAGGAGCCAGAAGAUGAAAAUAAGGGGGAAUCCGACGACACCAAUGGGGAGCAGCCAGUCACCAGUGAGGCCUCUGCAACCAAGGAGGCCAGUGCUGGCAAGGAACAGAAGCUAGAGAAGAAGAUCAUUAAAGGGCUAGGAAAGGAAGCCACACUGCUUAUGCAAAGUUUAAACAAGUUGAAUACCCCAGAUGAGAAGCUGGAAGUUCUUUUCAAGAAAUAUGCAGAACUGCUGGAAGAGCACCGGUCUGAGCAGAAACAGCUGAAAGUCCUUCAGAAGAAACAGACCCUGAUUAUGAAGGAGAAGGACCAUCUGCAAAGUGAGCACAGCAGAGCCAUUCUCGCACGCAGCAAGCUGGAGAGUCUGUGUCGAGAGCUGCAGCGACACAACAAGACACUCAAGGAGGAAACUCUCCAGCGGUCUCGUGAAGAUGAAGAGAAACGCAAGGAGAUCACCACCCACUUCCAGAACACCCUGACUGACAUCCAGAGCCAGAUUGAGCAGCACAGUGACCGCAACAACAAACUGUGUCAGGAGAACAGCGACCUGGCAGAGAAACUCAAGGGCAUCCUCGACCAGUAUGAGCAGAGGGAGGAGCACUUAAAUAAAAUCUUCAAGCACCGUGAUUUGCAGCAGCAGUUGGUGGAUGCCAAGUUAGAACAGGCACAAGUGAUGUUGAAGGAAGCUGAGGAACGUCACCAAAGAGAAAAAGAAUAUUUGCUUAAAGAGGCAAUUGAGUGCACAAAGAAGUGCCAAGGAAUGAGGGAUGAGGAGUUGAAGCUGAAGAAGCAGCUGACCCUGUACACUAACAAGUUUGAAGAAUUCCAGGGCACACUGGCAAAGAGCAAUGGCGUGUUUGCAAACUUCAAACAGGAGAUGGAUAGAAUGUCAAAGAAAAUGAAGAAGUUAGAGAAAGAAACAACUGUCUGGAGAACUCGCUUUGAGAGUUGUAACAAGGCCCUUAUAGACAUGAUUGAAGAGAAAACUGUGAAGGAGAAAGAGUUUGAGUGCUUCCAGCUGAAGAUCCAGAAGCUGGAGAAACUGUGUCGAGCCCUGCAGGACGAGAGGACCGUGUUAUACACAAAGAUUUCGGAAAUACGUGGCAUAGGGGACGAGAUAAAGAAGGUGGAGGAAGACAGCGAGGACGAGACUGCCAAGGAGGUCAAGCCAUUCCCUUUGUCUCAGCUUCCAAGCCUGAAGACAGAGGAUACCAGCAUUCAGGAUCUCACUGCUGCUUUCAAGAUCUCCCAUCUCAUAGAGGAGGAGGCGGGCCCUUCCAAAGCAAGUCAAGUAGCAGAGGUUGAAAGAUUACCAGCUCCACAGCCUGAGACAGCUGCUCCAAUCAACAGUGAGAGCCCAGCAGAAUCCGCUUCUGACAAGCCAAGUGCCACCCAGGAGAACACCCAGGAACAAACAGACAGGGACAUGGAAGCAGUUGACUAAAACUGGACUGCCAUUAAAAUGAAUUUAGUUUCUACAUUAACCCUAGCAGAGUCUGAAGUUUUUCUAAUAUCAAUUUUCAUCCUGUAAACUAUUUUAAAAGUAACAGUAAAAAUAGAGUUUGAUGGAGAUUAUUUACAUUUUGUGAUAUUUAAAAUUAUUCAAGGUUAAACCGAAAGACCAGUGUGUAUCACAGUAACAAAGUAAAAACACAGAUAAUAACUGAAUUAAAAAGAAGCCAUUUUUAUUUUUAUUUUGACCCCUUAAAUACAAAUUGGAAGAGAGAAUUUCAAAGUGAGAGAAGAGAGAGACAAUUUAUCCUGUUUGCAUGGAACAGUGCGUAUUUUCCUGUAAUGCUUUACCUUGAAGUCUUUGAACUGGAUUUAUAAGUUUGUUUUGCUAGCUUAAUCUGAUGAAAGUUAUGUAUUCAAGUGGCAGUACAGUCUGAAUUUGUCAUUUUUUGUAUUUCAUUUAGCCUUAUUAUAUAUUUAAAUCAUCUGGUUAUAAUAAGAAUCUGAUAUACUAAAUAAUUAAAAUUGCAUACAUACAUUGUUUUUUAAUAUAAAAUAAAUAGCAAGUUAAAACAUAGAAAAACUGCAUAAAUUGAAGCCCAGACCUAUCUUACAAAGGUAUUCUGGGGUCUAUUCAAUUAAUUAAAACAGUACAGGAUCUAAUUAGUGAUGCUAUCUAUCUAAAUGAUAAAAAUAGGACCCCACUGGCAUUUUAGAAAAUGUCCUAUUAUUACAGUUAUUUAUAACCUACUUAUGCAAGGCCCCUAUUUGAGUGAUCUAAACACCUGUCAUGUUUAGCUGUGCUGGGAGAAUGUCCUGCUGUGUACAAUCUUGUACCCAACCUAGCCAGCUAAUUCCCACAUAGCUGUGUAGUACAGUACUUGUCAUCUCUUUAUUACCAUAUUUACAAUUGUCACCAUUACUAAAUUAUCUUCAGUAGUAUGUGUUUGUAGUAUGUGGCAAUGGUAACUCAAGCAUAGCUGCUCUUGACAGAAUGGAACAAAAUGGUUUUCAUUUUUAAAUUAUUUCAUUACAGAGCCUGGAAAUGUGCUGGUUGUGUUUUCUUAGAAUAGGUCACAUAUGCUGAUUUGUAAAUUCACUUUUAUAUACAAAUAUACAGUACAGAAUACAUUUAAAACUCAAAACGCAAUCAAGGAGACCGGCCUUCCUCUUACUGUCUCUAAUCCAUUUAAAUCAAAAUAAAUUAUUUUUGACAGUUUAGUGUAGUAGUCGGUAUGUGGCUUUAGGCGCCUAAAGCUGCCAUAAAAAGAAGGAAAAAUAUCCUUCCCUAAUUUGCCUUUGAAAGAGAACCUAUUCGGUAUAUCUCAUUUUAAUACCAUUAAACAAGCUGCUGUAGGACUCAAUCUAGUUAAUUUCCCCUGAAGGAAAAGUGAAUAAUUUCCAGUUGACAGGGUGACAUUUAACAACAGCGUGCUCACGGUGAUGACUGUAGACGUGCCAGGCAGCAGGCAUGGUCAUUAUCACUAUUGACAAAACCUGACAGUGUAUAAUAAAAGGCUAUGUAGUCAGGGUUUUUCUUCUUUGUUUAGGUUAGGUAACAAGCAGAUAACAUGUUUCAAAGUAAUUGAAUGUAAGAAUCCUACAUGAGAGUAAUGAGGCAUGCAGAGGAUCCACAUGAGGCACAUGACAGAUGAUGUCUGUAACAUAUGAAACUCAUUUUUAAAACCUUGCAAAUGGAUUCUGAUGAAAUGUACCUAAUUUAAAAAUUACAAAUCUGCUUUGCUUUUGUAUUUAAAAUUAAAGUAUAUGUUGUUUUGCCCAGUGCACAUAAACUUGCAAAAA